GACAUUUUCCCCCGACUCUCGCGUCCUCUUCUUCCUCCGACCCCCACAGCUUGUACGGGCUUCAACUCCCGUCUAUCUGUCACCCUCCAAAUCGGCUCUCCAAGCGCCCCUCCCCACCCGCUCCAAACCCUAGAAUUCCGACACCCUUGCAAAGCCCUAAUCCCUCUAGGGUUUCAGAUCCAUCUAGGGUUUCUGGUGCUCAAGUUUGGAGCCUUUACCCUUUUCUUGGAAGCGAUCAUGGCGACGGAAUCGGCUUCGACGUCGAAUUCGAAUCCCUCGGCAUCGUCCCAGUACUCAUUUCCGGCCUCUUCAUACUUCCCUCUCCCGUUCCAUCUUCAGAACCCCGAUCCCACGAUGCAGCAACCCUACCUCGCGCCGCCCCAGAUCCCUCCUCCGGUCAAGAUCCCGCCGGUGUCGCAGACCUUCCCGUCAGCGUAUCCUGUCGCGGCUCCGGUGGUGUCCGGUGUCUAUUCGCUCCCACAGUACCAGCAGGCACAACAACUUUUCCAGCGGGAUGCACAGACUAUCACACCAGAGGCUCUAGAAAGUGUGAAAGCUGCUCUUGCAAGUAGUGAAGUUGAGCAUAAAGCUGAAACAAAAAAGAGAGCAAUACCUCGUAAGGCAGCUGGACAAAGUUGGGAGGAUCCAACAUUGGCGGAAUGGCCAGAGAAUGAUUUUCGUUUAUUUUGUGGAGAUCUGGGCAACGAAGUCAAUGAUGAUGUUCUUUCAAAAGCAUUCUCAAGGUUCCCCUCCUUCAACAUGGCAAGAGUAGUAAGAGACAAGAGGACUGGAAAAACAAGGGGUUUUGGAUUUGUUAGUUUUGGAAACCCUUCAGACCUUGCAGCUGCACUAAAAGAGAUGAAUGGUAAAUAUGUUGGAAAUCGACCUAUCAAAUUGCGUAAGAGCAUUUGGAAAGAGAGGACAGAUGUUGAAGCUUUAGAAAGGCAAAAGAACCACAUUCAGAAGAAGCCCAAACUGCCAAAGAAAAGUAUCCUGCACAAAUGAAGCUUGAAGGUUCUCACCAAAUAAUUACCCAGUAACAAGCGUGUGAAGAAAUUUGUUGGAGCAGAGCAUCGCAAGCCUGGAUUGUGACUGAUGCAUGAUGAACAAACCAUGCACGCUAUAGUUCCCUUUUGUCAUUAAGAAGCAAAAGCCCCAUGUAUGAUGGUCUGACUCAAAAACUAGCUUUUUCUUUUCCUGAAAUAUGGCCUCUCAUGAAGGUCGGAGUUCGAAGUAGUACCAUUAUUUACAAGGAAUUGCCAUCUCUGGUCCUCUGAUAUUUAUGAAGAUUUUUUUUUCCGAAAUUGGAUGGUGAGCUGGGUUUUAGAGCAUGCGAUGAUGUACAUGUUAGUCUCACUUUGAAAAUAUGGCAGUGGGAUUCUUGUGUAACCUUGUUCAUAUGAUUCCUUUUGUUCUGAUAUAUAUUUUAGCUAGUCCA